AUGCCAGCAGCGUCGCACCCUCAGGCGAAGUUUGAUCCUAUAUCGCCGGAUCUUGACCUGCAUUCUUUGGUUGAUGAGUUUCCCAACCUGAAAUGGGCACAGCGAGUGUCAAGAAACCAGCUGCGCAAUUUGGGGGCGCAGGAAUUUGAGAAACUUGUUCUUAUGCACGUCAUCAUUGGAGGCAAACCGCUUGUCAUCGAAGGUUUCGAUGCUGUUCUACCAAAGUGGCUUUUCAGCCCUGACUGGCUGGAGAAAAAAUAUGACAAAAAGGGUGCGAUGCUAAGUGAUGCUUUUUUCCUUGAUAACCACCUGACUAAUACCAAAUCAGAAGAACGUGUUCGCGAUAUCGUGUCGCAAAGCGAUGUCCCCAUGACGACGGGUCAUUAUCUGCGGUCUCUGAAGCAGCUGACCAAUCAAUGGACUCCUACCAACUUUCGCGACGAGAGGCGACAGCGCCUCUACCUCAAAGAUAUCGACUGCCCACCAGAAUGGCACGACGCUCUUCAGAAAAUCCUUAACCCGGUUCUUUUUUAUCUCAAUAGCACUCUCACUCGCACUGGCGCAAAAUCGCAAGUUCCAGAUGAGUCAUGGGAACCUGAAACAGACGCCGCCUCAGCAGGAGAUCUCAUGUCCAGCUUACCUCGAGAGAUGCGCGCAGAAAAUUUGAUGUGCUAUAUUGGCCACGAAGGCACUUACACACCAGCGCACCGUGAGAUGUGUGCUUCCCUGGGGCAGAACAUCAUGGUCGAGGCAUCAGGUGACGAGCAUGGCGAGAAAUCGGGCAGCUCGAUAUGGUUUAUGACGGAAAGCAAAGACAGAGCGGUCGUCCGCGAGUACUUUCUGUCUAUGCUCGGUCAUGACAUUGAGAUUGAGAAGCAUUUCGCACAAGUCAAUGCCUGGAAGAAGGCCCCGUUCGAUGUCUAUAUUGUGGAACAGCGCGUCGGCGAUCUCAUUCUGAUUCCUCCUCUGGCUGCUCAUCAAGUAUGGAACAGAGGCACAAGAACCAUGAAGGUUGCAUGGAAUCGAACAACCGUCGAGACGCUUGAGCUGGCUUUGCAAGAAGCACUUCCUAAAGCACGGCUGGUAUGUCGAGACGAGCAGUACAAAAACAAGGCCAUAGUUUACUACACGCUGCAAAUUUAUUACCAGCGUCUGCGAUUGCUCGAGGACCAUACUGCAAAGACUCAGCUCGGGUUCAUAGACCUGGGUCGAGAUGCCAUGCGAAACUUGGUCCGCGCUAGGCAAUUGGCAGCAGACUUCAAGAAGCUCUUCAUUCUCUUCACGCAGAUACUUAUCGAUGAAGUGUUUGCAUCCAAGGAGAAGGACGUCGAAUUCGUCCCCUUUGAUUCCUGUAUCACAUGCUCAUAUUGUCGCUCGAAUAUCUUCAAUCGUUUCUUAACCUGUAGGCAUUGUGUUCGCGCCCUCGUCAACGGCGAUGAAGAUACGUAUGAUGUUUGCAUGGAGUGCUACGCUAUGGGCCGGUCCUGCGUCUGUCUCUCGGGUCUGCAAUGGUGUGAGCAGUGGUCUUGGAGUGAGCUCGUCAACAACCACGAGAUUUGGCGCAAAAUGGUCAUUUCUAAUGAUGGCUUUAUCGAUGUCAAUAUUUCCCCGCAGCCACUCGAAGUUGCCAAGCAAUUGAGUGGCAAGAGAUCAGUCGCUCAAAUUUGCCAAGAGGAAUUGCGACGACGGCCCUGGAAGGAUAUCACCCGAUCCGAGAAGGAACCGACUCCAAUUGACACUGACGAAGGUGAGGACGGAGAGCAAUCUAAAGCAAAGAUGAAGCGAAGGAAGAAAAACAAAAAGGGCGAUGUACGGCGCUGUCACGUGUGCUGUCGCAAAGAGUUUAGCUAUCGCAUGCAGAUAUGCUCGAAUCCCGAUUGUGUCGAAGGGUACUGCUUCGGUGUCCUUUAUAGAGCAUUCGACAUGAUGCCGCAGGAAGUCCUGCAGGACGAACACUGGAUGUGUCCAAAGUGUCUAGGAAUAUGCAAUUGCGGCCACUGUCGUCGCUCGGGAAACACCAAGCCAUAUACACCAAAAAAUACCUCGCUGGGUCACGACACAAGGUCCGUGGCCGAUGACCGAAGUGUUGAAGCUCUUGUUGAUUUUCGAUUACACAAUUUGGCUUGGCUGAAGGCCGCAGGCGAAGAAAGUCGCGGCAGGGAUACUAGGCGCAUGCAGAAGCUGCGAGAACAAGCGGACACUGCUAAAGCGGAGGAUUUGUCUAACGAACACCCCGAACACGACAACGCAAGCUUGGCCGGUAAAGAUUCUGCUCAGGCAUUAUCCCAACACGAUGAGCUUUCGGGGUUGCUAGAUGGUGGUGGUGCUCGCCAACAUGGAAACGAAAUCGCGAGGUCCUCAUUCACGCAACGCGACGACAUUCGACAUGGAGUUGAGUCAUCAUCGCUCUCGGCCCCUUGGCUCAACGGAGACCAAGCUGCAAAUGGGCUGAAUGGAGAUUAUUCGUCUUAUCCUGAUCCUCCGGUCUUCGCAGCCCAAAGGAUUGGUAUGGGUUACUACGAACAAGACGACACCCCAGAUAAAAUUCUUUUUGACCCAUAUCAAGCCCCAACCGCUGAAGAUCUGAGAGAAGAUGAAUCAGACAUACCGGAAUUCGUCAAGAAAUCAAUCCGCAGCGCAAAGAGGAAGGCGAAGAAGGACAAUGAAGAUCCAGACUUCAUAAUAAAGAGCCAUCACCGGAAAAGGCCACGGUCUCAACGAGACCCCGACUAUCCCGACAGCAUGGACCCUGCCUUGUUCAAUGAAGCUCCUGCUACUUUUGGACAGGAAAUAGCGCAAGAAGUUGAAGACUCAGAUGCGGAAAAAAGUACCUCUGCGCACAAGGGCGAUGCAGAGGUCAAAGUAAAUGAGCCUCUUCUUAGGCAUGCAAAGCCUAAGGCAUCCUAUGUUGAAGUGGAAGAUGUAGAUAUUGAAGGGUUAAACGACAAUGAGCAAGCCAACACGCCGCCAGCUCGCGAAGCAGCCAAGGCAACACCCGAGCCAGUAAAAGAGGGUGCCCCUAAGCCAGCAGUUGACGAAGUUCUUGACCUAGCAGUUGAUGGUGAAGUUCUGGAGCCAAAGGAGUUGGAAGCCCAGGUGCACCUUUCACCUUUCAGUGGCGUUUCCGCAAAAGCAAAGCGGCGUGGGCGACCGCCAGCACAUUUGAAGCGGCCCUCUGCGGCAAGCUGUGAAGUGCGUUCUACUCCGGAGGAGAACGCAGAAGAGACAACUCCCAGCAACGAUGCACGGCGACGCGGCCCAGGUCGGCCCAGAAAGUCCGUAUCCGACACGGGCGCUUCGAAACGACUGAGAAACCAAGAUGACGAGCGGGCACUGAGAGGCAACAAGCCACGCAGGGGUCGACCUCCUACCUCUAAGGACUCCAAAUUACAAAGUAUGAAGCGGGCUGCCGCUGCAAGUCAACAGUUCAUGUCUUUAAAGGAGCGUAUGGCACUCCGUGGGAAGGCAGUCAAGAUUGCAAAGCGAGGUCAAGGAUCUUCACCCGCACUCAGCGCAUCGCAGCCGGAUUUCGUACCGAAAGCGACAGGCGUGACUGUGCAGCUGCCUAGCUUCACUCCAGUAAAUAGGCCGUCAAUCUCCAAUCAGGCCUCGCAGCGUAAGGAUGCAAAUGUCAGCAGUGCUACUAUGCGAAAGCGCGGAAUCUCUGUCGAUACGCCAGAAACAGGCGGGUCAGGAAGCGUCUCGGGCUCCAGUGAUGAUGAUGAUAUUCCUGCAAGAAUUAAUGGCACACAACGUGUGCCUAGGUCGAAUUUUGUGGCGAUUAGAGGGCGCGGGCGGCCCAGAGGACGACCGAGCUUGCGCUCCGGUGGGCGAGGACGCGGCUGA